AUGGUCCACUCAUUCCUGCGCUCACGCCGUCUAUUGUCGUCGCUAGUGGCACCUGCUGCUCUCCUAGCUACGUCUCCUGCACGUCUAGAAGCUGAUAAAGAAGAAGAACGACAGCAACAGGAACGUGGGGCGCCACCCGCUGUGGACUUGAUUGGGGUCUUUGUCCAGAGCGAGUCGGCUGCGCGACUGCGGGAGCGGUUUCCACGCACUUGUGAUUGCAAAGACACGCCGCUCGUGGUGGUAUUGCGCUAUCAACCUACAGUUGAAGAGCAAGAGGCGUUUGCGCCUAUUUUAGGCACAAAAGCCAAGUUGCAAGUUCAGGGGGUGGUCGAAGACCCUUAUGCUCAGACGCUUCUCGUGGCUGUGACGACCGAGGCGGGGGACUCGCUGGAGUACGAAGGAGCUGCAGAGCCUGCGCACUUGACGCUGUCGACGCCAAUUGACGCACUUGGUGCUUCGGGCUACUCAAGUGUCUUGCUCGAGCGGCUGCGCGCGAGUGACAAGCUUCAGUACUUGCUGAACAAGGACGAGACAGUGACGCAAUGGACGGGCACCCUCCCUGAGUUUAUCUCCAAGCAUUUGCCACUUUACGGUUCAUUUCCAGCGGUCGAAGCUUCGGUCAAGAAACUGGACACGGAGCUAACGCUGGAAGGCACUGUGUGUCUCUUGUCGAGCUUUGAUGCAGCUACGGGCACGUGCUUGGCACCAAAAGCUGAGUGUGGCUUUUGCAAGUUUAUGAAAGCUGGGCCCUGUGGGCGCGAGUUUGUAGCGUGGGAGAGUUGCUUGGACCAGUGCAAGAAGAGCGGAGAGGACUUUAUUGAAACGUGUGGACCGCAGACGCUUGGACUGCGCGACUGUGUGGACGCGCACCCCGAGUAUUACCACGUGCUGACCGACGAUGGUCCAGAGGACGAAAACGAACAAGAAGAGAUGAUGGCGACGAAGAAGAAGAUGGAGCAGGAAAAUGAGGCGACGGCGACGAAGAACGAGCAGUGA